CGUUGCCCGCGUUACAACGGUUAUGAUUGGUUGGAUGCAGUAUUGUUGACCAAUCAAAAGAUUCGUCUGGGAAAUUCAAUGUUGAUGUACGUCGGACGGGGACUCGAUGUGGCGGAUCGGAAGGAAAAUCACGAUCACGACAGAUCAAAUCCCCUUCCAAAGACCAAAAGAGUCACUGCUGGUGUACGGACUGCUUCAAGUACCUCAUCAAAAAAUAAAGAGAACAAACAGCACUCGGCGGGUAAAUACAAGAAAAGUCACAUCCCGGUACCUGUCAAGACGACGCCCUCAGCCAAGAUUAUUAAUAAGCCUGCAGAGGAGGAUACUAAGACCAGCACUGGUGGCAAACCAAGGACAAGAGUCAGGAGGGUACCAGACUUUGCUAAGCUACACAAGUCAUGGCAGCAAUCCUUCAGCAAGGGCAAGGCUUGCACCAAGAAACAGUGUACACAGAUCAGGGAGUUUGAUCUAACUAAACCGGGGGCGGUUUUCCAGCCUAGGUACUUCAACGGCAAACAAGAUGCUCCCAGUGAGGACCAACGGGGUGAAGACAUCUUCCAAUCUGAUGAUGAAGCCUUGCAGAGUAUCCUCAAUGCUGGCUUGCCUGAUGCAUCCCAGAAACAAGGAAGACUGACCGUUGCUGGCUAUGGGGGAGUUGCAGUUACGCAACAAAAACCCAGUCGGCAAACCCUGGGUGCCUUGCCGAGCACAUUCCAGGGACGGACCAAUAGUGCCCACAACACCAGACACAUGGGUAACCAUCAGAUAGAUAGGGAGUCAGCUAAGCCUGGGAAGCAAGAUUACCCCCUGGAACAAGAACAGCAUAAAGGACAAUCAGGACGGCUCUUGUCAUUGGCUGAGCAGCAGCAGGAAAAUGAAAUUAACUUUGAGGCUGAUGCCGGGGCACUUGCCAGUAUUCUCAACAACGCUGGAGCCAACUUCCAGCGUCAGGCGCCAACAACGAGACAAACCAUUGGUGCGGCCAUUGGAGUAGCCAGGAACCAAGGGAGCUUGUUCUCAGGCAGACAAUCACAGGGCGCACUCAGAACUUCAAUCUACUACCAGAGGCCUCGGAACAUGAACUUCAACCGUGUGUACACAGAUUUUGCCAACCACGUCUUGUCUCGGUUGAGUUUAGCUGAAAACAUGGUUUCUUCAAGUAACAGUCAGCCACUUGAACAACCGACCACCGCAAGAACAACAGUUCCACCCCAGUCAAGCGCCAAGGCCAUGAAUAAGUCACAUGUUAUGAUGUCAGCACCUAGGAGACUAAUAACUCCUGGAACAGCAAGCCGUGUUCUCAACCCACGUCAGGAAGCUGCAUUCAGGGGCCAAGACACGUCUAGUUCCCCAGCCCUCAUGGCACCACCCUCAGCUCUUAAGAAGUCCAACGCUCACAAAUCACUGUCGGUGAAAUGGGCAGAUGUACUGAGUCCUCCCAGUGGAAGAAUAGCUACUGCAUCCAACAAGGAUGAACUAGCAACCACACUAUUUGCAGACGAGGACACUCAGUUUCUGGAGCCUUACAGUACGAAUGAGCUUGCCGUUAAUGAAGGAAAGCUACAGGCUGCUAGCCUCAUGGCCAAACAAGAUGAUAUUGAACAGCUAGAGCAGCAGGCAGCCAUACACAGAAACCAACUACAGGAAAUGGACGAGAUUGAACGACAGCUUGAGUUGGAGAUUCAGAAACUUCAGCAGGAUGACUACCUGCCAUCUCCACCAACCACGAACUCUGAAGAUCAGAAACAGCAAGAAAGUCAUCGUGGUUUGGAAGUGGCUUCCCGCCCUCUCCAAAUGAUACCUCUACCUACACCAGGGAAGGUCCCCAUCGAUGAUUCCUCAGAAACACGGCAAAGGCAAUACUUUCCAUUGCCAACGCAAGACUCUGUGCAGAUUGCGGGUAUAAGUUCAAGUGAUAGAAGAGCCCCAGAGAUGCUUGACGUGCCACUAUCAGGGGAGGGGGCAAUAUCAGUCCAGUCUGUAGAGACAGCAUUUAAGCACAGCCCAGGGAGUCCUUUUAAACAAAAUGGACUUCCAUUUGUCAGGAAUCAUGGACGUCAAGAGUCAUCGGCAGUGCAACUGCAAUUUCAUCCUGGAUCAGAAUUUAAAACACACCAUGGCAACAACAAUUGUGACAUUCCUGUGGCACUGUACCCUGAGAGGCUGCAUCAAAUGUUGAACACUCCUGAGAAGCCAUUUGUUGAGAUGAGGACAUAUGACCCUGUGACCCAGGCCAAAAAUGAAAGUGAAGGCCUGCAAUCCAGGGUCCUUGAUUUCAGGAAGGUUGAUGGUAUGGUACAGGCACCACAGGUAAUGAUUAACAGGGAUGGGACAAGAGACAGAAUGGAAUUCAAGCAUCCUACACCUUCUGAUGCUUUAAACUUCCGACAACCUGUAGAAAGUUUCUCCCAGGCUGCUACCCAGAUGACAUCUAGACGUCUUGACCGCAAUGGAAGCAACUUUGUCGAUGACGCUCCUAGACUUGGUGGCAAGGCUUCUAAACAGGAUUCAGGACUAGAGACUGACCACAAGGAAACCAAUCCACUGCUCCCAAUUGGAAGAGUGUCGUCAUGGAUGUCAUCAACCCCAGCUCACAUCCAAACUCCUCAUGCUGUCAAACCACAUUCCAUGAUCAAGGAGCUUGCCCUGAAGCAGUCUCUGCCAUCCUUGAAUCUGCCAAGUAACCAGCAUGUAUCAAUCAAACGAGAUGUUCCUCCUAUACAAACUCCUCUCGCAAUGCGUAGUAUGUCUACAUGGGGCAGAGAAGCAGAUAUUGGGGCUUCACCUGUCCAGUUUGUGUCUCCAGUCCCUUUGCGAUCAGGCCACACACUCCAGAGUGAGCACCCAGAAUCAAUUCAUAAUGGUUCUGCUCAGCACAAGUCUGAUCUUACAGGUUCUUCCCCAUCUGUUGGUUUUACAACCACUUCGACUAAACUGGAGUCAGGGAACAUCAACCAACUACAACAUCAUUUGGGUCAUAGUGAUUACCCCACUUCUGCUACAACAGGAACCUCUGUAUCUGAGCUGGACAAAACCAGUGCUUAUCAAUCUGGCACUUUGUCUUAUCCCGCAUCUGAAACUGCACAUUUGGCUACGCAUCCAGAGCCUCCACAUCAACAAAAAUCAAAUUCUUUUUUGGAUCAAACUCCUUCGUCAACUGUCUUGGAUAGUGAAGGCAAUCAUUCUGAACCACACUUUAGAGAAGAUCCUGCGAGGCCGCCAGGUCUAUUGAACUUCAGAGGUCAAGGGUCAUUAUCUUUAGGAGCAGAGCUAUUGACAAGUGGAGGAGCAGCUGCUUUCUUGAAGAGCAAAAUGAAACCACUUUUGUCAACAACAACAAAUCAACUGUUUCAGGAAGCGCUUCUAGAUGAGGAGUGCGCCCUCUAUGCCUGUCGGCUACCCAGCAAGUUCAGCACUUGUGUCACAGAGGAACGACAAUGCUUGGACCCUGUUGCUAAGAUACUGAUGGAUGGCGAUGACAUGCAUUUUGUACCCAUUCAGAGUAAAGGCAGAGUGUACAUUGCAUCACCUGUUGGCUCAGCGUUCAACACAUACAGCAACCUUGCAAACUGAAGAGGCUAUAGAGGGUUGGUAUAUAAGGCUGGUUUGUACCAAAAAGAAUGUAUUAUGCACAUCAUGCUGAUCUUAUGGCGUUAUGCAUUGUUACGUCAUUUUGUGAAAGCAGUAUCCAUUGCGGUAUUGGUAUUUUUUUGCGUUACAAGGAUUAAGUCAAGCUGGCUAUGAUAAUGAGCUCAUUAUUUACAGGUCAGUGCACACAGGCAGUUUAGUCACAAUAAAUUCAUGAGGAGUGUGGGGUCUGCUGGCGGCCUGCUGGCAGCCUGCUGAUGGAGUGUCCUUCACAAAGGAUCCAAUUACAGCAGCACUAAUCCCUUAAUUGCUCUCCAGCUAAUCCCUUUCAUGUACACUGGGGUUUUUGUACACGGGCUUGCUCGCACCCAUUCAACAAUGUAGGGCCUAUUCAAACUUGAAAUCUUUGACAAGCCUACUGGGCUUUUAAUGAGCUCCACGCUCCAUGUUUGACCUCAUAAAUAUUCAGUUAUUCAGGCCUGAUGGCUUUCCAUUCAUCAGCCUGGUUUGGGGUAUGGAGUGCGGUACCGCAAAGAAUCACACUGGUACCACAAUGGAUACUGCUUUCAGCCUGACUGAAACGCUCCCUUACCGAGAUUCCACUGUAUCUGUUGUUCUCCUUUAAUAUACAACAUUUGCAAACAUCAAAAAACAAAACCACCAAAUUAUUAUUGAAUACCUUUCUUGACUGUAAGUUAUUAAUAGUCUCAAGCAUCCUGUGAAAUUGUGGCACCUGAUGUGAUGUCACCUGAUGUGAUGUCAUAUUAUUUUUAAAGCAGAUUUGUGCUUUGCAAACUGUUGAUAUCAACUGGUACGUGUUUAGGUACAGUUGACUCUCGUUAACCAUAACCCUACCUAAAGCUACAAAAUACUACCGGUAAUACAUGUAGUAGUAAAUUAAAGUAUGCAGUACUUUAGCUUAUAAGUGGGCACAUCAUGCAUAGUAUUUUCUAGUAUUUGAUACCUACAUACAUAAUUUUGUAGUACUUUGUAGUUUGUGGUACUUUAUCUCAAAUGAAAUUUUUAAUACAAACUCGGCCAGACUUUAAUAGCCAAAAUGUUUGUUAUAUCCGAAUUUUGUAUUAAGAAGAACAUCAGUCCCUUUCAUUGUGCACAUGAAUGCACAGUUGGGACCAAGGCUUCAUGUUUGCUAUCACCAGAAUUUGUAUUGACGAGAGUCCACUGUAAUUAGUAAUGGCUUACUUGGCCAAUUACUAAGGCUUUCUGAGAGUGCUUGUCAUUCUUUUGACUAAUUUGUUGGAUGCCUCAAUCUGUUUUAUACAAAAAAUGAAAGACAAUUUCACGAGUUAUUUGUCAACAUAUUUUUUUUUUAGAAUAAUCAGAAAGUUCAGAUUGAAAACGGUUUGAUGUGAAUUGUGAAAGGCUUGUACCUAUCAUCAGAAUACCAGAAAUAAAGCAUGAGAUGAUGACGCUA